AUGGAUCUUAAUAGUUUUAAGAAAGGGAAGGAAUUGUACAAGCAAAUUGGGUGUUCAUGGAAGUGGGGCUACCUUCUUUACGGGCCCCUUGGAAUGGGGAAAUCAAGCCUCAUCAUCGCAAUUACCAAUCACAUGAAAUACGAUGCGUACGACCUCGAGCUCACGAGGGUCAAGAACAACAUGGAACUCUGUGUGCUUCUCACUCAAACCAAAGAAAAAUAUGUGAUUGUUAUUGAGGACAUUGAUUUCUCGUUACAGCUAACUGAUAGGGUUUCAAUGCCUUCUCACACCGAUGAAGAAGAGGACAAGAGGAGUAGAAAAGUUACUCUUUCUAGUAUACUCAAUUUCAUAGACAGAUUGUGGUCCUACUACAGAGAAGAGCGUAUCAUUGUGUUUACAACCAACCACAAGGAUAUAUUGGAUCCAGCCCUGCUGAGGCCUAGAAGGAUGGACAUGAAGAUUCUGCUCUCUUUCUACACUUUCCCUCAAUUUAAAUCUCUUGCUUCCAAUUAUUUGCAGAUUGAGGAUCAUUCGCUCUUUCCUGUUGUGGAAGAGAAGAUUAGACUCGAGGCUAAGAUGAAUCCUACAAAAAUUAUAGAAAUUUUGAUGAAUAAAAUGGACCACCCAAAUGAAGCUUUGAGUGAUAUCAUUUCUAUGCUAGAUGAAAAGAAAAGGGAAAGAGAUUCUUCACUUACAUCUCAAUCUGCAUAUUUUGAAAGGCAAGGAGAAAGCAUUGAAAUAGAAGAGCAACAUGAAGGUUAG